GACUCACUUUCGCAGAUUAACCGCAAACAGGUUUUGGAGAAUACAAUGUUGAACGCCCAGUUGUUUAGUGAAAACUCCAAGGGCCAGGAGAUCAGGGAAAAGUUGAAGCAGAAGAAAUUGGAGUUGCAACAGACUGGGGCUAAGAAGUCCUGCGCGGGCGAUGAGAAUCUCUUGCUGGGCGAGGCCACUGAAACCGAUGAGUUGAAAUGGGACGAAGCCAAUUUGUACUUGAAUGAACAAAACAAAUCUGCCACAAUGAAGAUUGACGAGCCUAAGACGCCAUAUACUGGCGGUGUGGAUCCUAACGGUGAGUACUACCAGGAGGACGAUGAUGAGGAAGACACCAAAACUGCUGCUUUGGGCAUCCCAAGUUUUUCUUUAGGUGAAUCCGAAUUUCACGAAGACGAUGAGGUCAACAGACAGAGCAUCAAUGGUGGCAGCAUCAUCCCAGGUGAGCAAGAGGCGGAAGAAGAGGAGGAGGAAGAGGAGGAUGAACCACAGUUGUCUGCCGAAGAGAAGCACAGACGCUUCGAGGAAAUGAGAAAGAAACACUACCAUUUGAAGGGCGAGGCACUCCACAAGAUUCUGGUGGAGGUGGACGACGAGUAG